AUGGUGUCCGCGAACGCGAACGUGACGUUGCCCAAGGGCGUGCAGGUGAUGGGCACGGAUGCGCAGCUCGUGCAGGUGGAGUUGUCCCCCGGCGAAUCUCUCAGCGCGGAGCCUGGUGCGAUGUGUUACAUGUCCGCGAACGUGCGAUCGAUCACGCGUCUGGAAGGCGGGUUCCUAGCCGGUUGCUCGCGUCUGCUCGCGGGCGAGCCCUUCUUCCUUAACAACUUUCAAAACGUCGGGAAGGACGGGAGCGACGGGUACAUCGCGCUCGCGGGCAGACGCGAGGGUGAUAAGAUCAUCGUGCUCGACAUGGAUCAGCUCGGGAACGAGUUCCUUUGCGCGCGCGAUUCGUACCUGUGCUCGAAAGGAACCGUUGAGAUCGGCGCGGCGUCGACGCUGAUGCAAGGGCAAAUGGGUCUGCGUCUUUUCCUUUCGAACCAAAACACGGUGUUCAUGCAAAAGCUCUCCGGGAGCGGGGUAGCGUGCAUCUCGGGCAACGGCACGGUCAUCCGACAGGAGCUGAAACCAGGACAGGAGAUGGUCGUCGACGCGAGGGCGGUGGUCGGUUUCCAGAACUCUAUCGGGUAUCAGCUCCGGAUGAUGAGCUCGCCACUCGCCGCGUUGUUCGGCGGUGAAGGUUUGUUCUUUGCGCGGCUUUCCGGGCCCGGGGUGUUUUACCUCCAGAGCUUACCCGCGGCUCGCCAGGACAGUGGCCUCAGCGAAGAGGGCGAAGUCGCGGUGUAG